CCUGUCUACGCUAUGAGUAUUUCCACCUGCCCACAGCUCACUUAUAUAGACCAUAUGGUACAGUUGUACUGUUUAGAUUCUCCCUGUGCGCACGAUGGAUUUGUAACUUUAUGUGAUGGCACUUAUUUUAAAUGCAGUUCGCAUGAAGUAAAGGAACGACAGCUGGCACAAUAAUCUUCAUUGAUAAAUACAAGAAGCAAAAGAGAAAGAGGAGACUAACUUUACAUCACUGACCAGUACCAAUGAAGGUUUUAAGUAACUCCACUUUGUCUAAAACACUAAGUAUAAGUAAUAUGGAACCAGUUGGUGAGGCAGUGAAGAGAGAGCUACAAGAAUCAGCAGAGAUGGGAGAUGCCCAGAACUACCAAUUGGUAUUGUCAUAUGGUGAAGACUUGUCAACUUCCCUGAUUGGUGAUGAGUGCCCCUUUACCAAUGAACUGAACCAACUCCACAAACCAGCCAAACAACAGGCGAAGUGUGAUGUGUUGGCAAUCGACUUAAGGAGAAAGCCUUCAAAGUCAUCAGAGAAAUCCCGGUGCCAAUUCCAACCUAAACGCUCCCCAGAUGAAGUAGAUGCUGGUUUGAAGAAGAAAAACAAAAUGAAAAUGCCUUGGUCUUUUCGCAAAAACUCAACACAGAGUGAAUCUGUCUCUUCACACAAUGGAGGUAUUUUCGAUCAGCACCUUAAAGACAUCUGCGAUCAAGAUGACAUACUUGCUGAGCCAAUCCUUAGUAUCCUGACUGUCCUGUUCAAGAAAGGACCUUCGUUUGUUGGAAUAUUUCGGAAGUCUGCCAAUGCCAAGGCUUGCAAGGAAUUAAUUGGAAAACUAAAUGCAGCAAGAGAAGUCACUUUGGAGGAGGAGCCUGUCAUCCAGUUGGCUGCAGUUUUCAAGGAUUUCCUACGUCGUAUUCCAGAGAGUUUAUUGAUGACAGAGCUGUACGACAGCUGGAUGGCAACCAUGGAAAAGGAGAACAUUAAUGAAAGGACUGCGGAGGUCAAACAGCUUCUGACAAAACUUCCGAGCCACAACUGCAUCUUGCUUCGCUAUUUGUUCUGUGUGCUGUACUACAUCAAUAAAUAUUCUGAAGUGAAUAAGAUGGAUGCCUACAAUCUUGCUGUCUGCAUUGGUCCAAAUAUGCUCUGGCCCAACAAACCUGUGACAGCUGAAUUACAGAAAGAAGUCCUUGCAAGGGUUGUGGAUCUGAUGCAGUUUCUAAUUGAGAACUGUUGUCUAAUAUUUGGUGAUGAUAUAACCACACUUCUGGGCGAACCAGCGCAAGUACUACUGGAAUACAAUGAUAACUCAGACAUUUCUUCUCAGCAAAAUGAUUCUGCUUAUGACAGUACUGAUCAGGAUGAUUGGAAAGAUGUAUGGAAUGAGAAAAGGCGACGAGCAAGCUCCAGCUGCUAUCAACUAUUGAGGAGCAAUGAAAGGCUGAGAGUGGAUAGAAAGCAGAAUGGUCAAAUGGACAUUGAAGCUGGAGACUGCACUACAGCUUCUUGCAGCACUGAAUCAAUGGAUGCUGCCAACAGAGCAUCCUUGAGUCCCGAGACAACGUGCCUGCCAGCAUCCCUGAUUGAACGUUAUACUGUGAGAAUAAACAGACGCUGCUCAGAACCAAUAUUAGGUAUCACCUCCAGUCCUAAAAACAUCAACCAGCAGGAAUUAUUAGCAAGAAGUCACGAUGAUUGCUCAAUCUCAUCUGAUGGCCUGGAUUUUAAUCGUCAACUAAUGAAAAAACAGAUAUCUGAGGAAAGCUUUACAAGAUUUAGCAGCAGCUUUAAAAGCUUUAACAGCAGAAAGCCAGCCAACCUUAAUGCCAGCUCACAUUCUGAGCUUUCCACGGCCUCCUCCUCCAAGGCCUCUUCAAUUUCUUCCUUGGCUAGUUCAUAUUCAAACCUGUCAGAGAACUCUGUUUUUAUCAGCUCUCCACUUGUUUCCCCAAGUUGUUCCAGUCAAGAGAAUUCCUCCUUUUCAGACUAUCCAGCAAAACUACAAACAAAUUCUAUUCAAGUUCCUGAUAACCAUGUGAAACCCAUGAAAGAAAAGGCUAAGACACCGCUAAAGAAGACUCAAAGCUGGGGCCCUACAAGGACAUUUAACUCAAACAAGGAAUCCUGCUUGGAAAACAUUUUGAAAGAAACCCCCCCAAUUUGUGAGACAUUCCCUGAGGACCAAGCCAAUGUAAGUGACACUGUCAGGUACAGACCUCGCUUAAUUUCUGUUGAUGAGGUCUUUCAACAAAUCGAUAGCAAAAGACGUUGUAGUCCACCUUCUUAUGGUAAAGCUGUUGAAGAAAAUAAUCCACCUGUUGCUACAAUGAAAGGAAUGACAGUGAAAAACAUGAGAAGAUUGUCUCAGCUGGAAGAAGCCAAGAAAUACCAUUGUCAUGUUGUUGCUGGGCAGAAAAAUAGGCCUUGUUCUUUAACAGAGGAACUGCUCUAUCCUUCAUGCCAAGAUAAUUUCACAAACAAUUUUGGCUCAUGUGAUAAACAGUCUCAACUUGCCAAUCAGUUUGAAGAGUUGCACAACAAUUUUGAAAAUGAUUUGCACCCCAUAGGAUUUAAAAAAACACAACAGUACAGGGAGAGAGCUAUGACUGAAUCUGCAAGUAGGGGCAGAUGCUUCAGACAAAGCUUUGAGGGCUAUGAACAGAUUCAGCAUGUUAAAGAAUCUUAUGUGUAAUAUGGGCAAAAAACUAUGUCCUAAUAUUCUUUCCAUGCUCAUGUUCAGUCAAUGCACUAUACAAUCUAAAAAGCUGUUUGUGAUGUUGCGAUGUUCUUAUGUUGUGAUUUUCAAUUAGCUUAGUCUUAUGGAAUAAAAUGGCAAUGCAUGUAUAGUUUAGAGUCUUUGAAAUUCCCAGGGGGCAAUUUUAACCUAAUUUAACCUAGGAAACUAACAAGAUCGGGUGAAAUGCUGAUUUUGUACCCCACCCAAAUAGGUUUUUUUAAAACAUAUUCUGCCAGUUGGAAAGCUGACAGGAUUGGUUAAAAUGUUGGUUGUACACUCUGCCCAGUUAUACUGUCUGUUGAAGCUAAUGAAUAAUAUUGGGCGGAUUUUAAAAUCAGCAUACAACCUGAUCCAACUAGUUUCCCAUACAAUAAAUUGGUGUAAAAUUGUACCCCGCUCCCACUUCAAAUCAAUAUACAAUAUUGAGAGGAAAAUCUGUAUGAUACAGUAGAAAGGAUUCAAAGUUGUUAAUGUGAGUCAUAUUUGAAGUGAUAUCACUGAAAUUUGUAAAUAUUUAUAUAAUCAAAUGACGUUCCAUGUAAAUAUUGUACAUGAAAAUUAUCAGAAGUCUUCAUGUGUGUAAUGUACUUUGCAAAGAAUUUCGAUCUCUUCAAACUCUUUUUACUACAAUAAAACAGUAUGUUUCCAUUA